CAUCCAGUAGCGUUAAAAGGGGGGAAGAGAACAGCAGAGCCGCCGCUGCUUCGCUCGUCUGAACCGUUGGGACUUGGAAAGUGGCCGGACGGGAGAGGGAAAGCUGGCGGAGCACCUCGGCAUUCAGCGAAGAUGGAAAUAACUCCGUUGUCUACUUUGCGCGCCUUCGGAGCCGCGUUCUAACAUUCGGGGCAACUUGCCGUAUAUCGUUUUUUUUACGUGGUAUUUUCUCGCAUUUGGGAACCGCCGGUGCGAGCUAGCUUAGCAACCAGCCACCGACACUGUCAGACACACAGGUACAGGACGGGAGGCUCCGUGACAAAGGAAGGUGGCGAGGUGACGAUGAACCGCUUUCGGAAGUGGCUGUACAAGCCCAAGAGGACGGACCCUCAGCUCCUGGCCCAGUUCUACUACGCCGACGAAGAGCUGAACCAGGUGACCACGGAGCUGGACGGCAUCGACGGCAGGAAAGACCCUCAGAGAUGCACCCUCCUGGUCAACCAGUUCCGCUCUUGUCAGGACAGUGUGUUGACCAUUAUCAAUCAGAUCAUGGAUGAAUGUAUUCCCGAGGACCGGGCCAACCGAGACUUCAGCGUCAAGUUCCCGGAGGAGAUUCGUCAUGACAACUUGGCAGGGCAGCUGUGGUUUGGGGCUGAGUGUUUGGCUGCCGGCUCAAUCAUCAUGAACAGGGAGAUCGAGAGUAUAGCAAUGAGGCCCCUCGCUAAGGACGUUACACGUAGCCUGGAGGAGGUACGCAACAUUACCAGAGACCAGGCCCUGAGAGACCUCAACUUGUACACUGACCGCAUGAGGGACGCGAUGAGACAUUUUGAUGGCCUUUUUGCUGAGUUUGAGCUCAGCUACGUGUCAGCCAUGGUGCCUGUGAAGUCGCCCAAAGAAUACUAUGUACAACAGGACGUGAUCGUGCUCUUCUGUGAAACUGUAGAAAGGGCCUUAAAGCUGGGCUAUCUCACACAAGACAUGAUCGAUGACUAUGAACCUGCACUGAUGUUUACAAUUCCCAGACUAGCCAUUGUAUGUGGGCUGGUUGUGUAUUCAGAGGGACCUCUCAACCUAGACCGAAAAUCAGAGGACAUAUCUGAGCUCUUCCGGCCUUUUCGCACUUUAUUGAAGAAGAUCAGAGACCUCCUCCAGACCCUGACUGAGGAGGAGUUAAUAUCACUGGAAAGAAAUCUCUGCAUCACCCAGGACGGGGAUCUGUCGGUAGGCCAGGAGCAGGCUAUGGACUGCUCACCAACUCCAGUCCAAGAGAAUCCCUCAUCCUGCAGCCCUGCUAAUGACACUUACAAGGGAGAGAGUGAGGGUGAACAUGAGCAUCUGGCUCCAUUGGUCGGCCCCAGGCAGGAGGAAGACCUGGCGGAAGUGGAAAAGGGCUGGGAGGAGGUAGAAAUGGCAGGAGAGGAGCAGGAACCGGGCUUGCUGUGCGAGGAGGCAGAGGAGGCCGAGUUGGCCUGUUCUAUGCAGUACGACGAAGAGGAACUUGAGCAGCUCAACAUGAUGGUGUACCGCGUAGGGGACGAGAUGUCCACCUUUCUGUCGCCUCCCAGCCAGGGUCACUCACCAGCACGCAACCCCCACGCAGGCGUGGCGGGAGGCUCCGGUGGCUCUUUUAGCGCUGAAGCCUCUCCACGCAGGCUCCUGGGGGGCCGGGGAAGGACGGGCAUCUACUUGGAGGAGGAGGACAAGGUCUUCCACAUGGAGGACCUGGACGCGGAGGGAGACGGCAUCACCAGCAUUUCAAGAGAGGCCUGUCGUUGCGUCGCCUCUCCCACCAAAGCACCUGACUCUGCUCCUCCCGUGCAGAGCAAGCUGGGGCCGCCACCAGGCGCCGCCAGGAGCGGCUGGGACUCUGCCGCCCAGUCGGAGCAGCCGUGCCCGCAGCCACGAGGCCCGAGCACACACUGUCCUAAGGCAAAGCACCCUCCUUGCACUUCCGCUCCUGGCUCUGAGUCAUUGCCUUACGCCAACGGGUGGGAGAUGGGCUUGGAGGGGACAGCGUCUGAAACGGCUGAGGUCAUCGCCCACCGUAUGGGCGGGAUGAAGCUGUCUGCCACGGUCAUCUUCAACCCCCGUUCCCCCAGCUCGACGGAGCUGUCCGUGGACAAGCUGUUGCCUCGGCCAGCACCCUCUGAGAUCGAGUCCUGUGGCCCUCUGGUGGCCACUCACUGCCUUCUCAACUCCUGUGUCUGCUGUGGGAGCUGCGAGGACGGCCACGAGGACGCCGUCGCCGCCGAGUCCACGGGACUUCGGGGCCUCGCCCUGGGAUUGGAUAACCUGUGUAAGACUGCAGCCCCCAGCGCAGUCUUCCGGCCGGCUGCGUGCCGGCUGCCCGCACAAGGUCACGAGCCUCUCGGCAAGCGUGAGCUCGCUCGGUUGACUCCGCCUUCUUCGUGCCGGUCUGCAGAGGACCUGGAAGAGGAUUCAAACCCACAGCUAUGUGAGGAGUGCCUGGUCGUGGCUCCAUGGCCGGGUCAUCGGCCUCCUCACUUUGGCUCCAGUGGCGGGGGCGCGCCCUCCCCGUGCGACCACCAGCUGAGUAACGAAAAGAGGGAGCAGGCCUCCGGAGGCCGACAGGGGGACGAGGAUACGGAUAAGGACAAGCUAGGGACUAAAGUCUUGAAGCGGGACACCAAAGAGGACGGCAGGACAAGCUCUAGUUUUCAGGGCUCUCCCCUCAGCUCUGUUUCAGGUAGUGACUGUGACAGUGUGUCUGUCACCACAUGUAGUCUAUCCAGCAGCCCAUACACCCCCAGCCCUGUAAGCAGUCUGACCCCCAGCUCGGGGAUGUCAGACCUGGACCAUCAGGAGAUCCACCUGGCUCUGCGACACGCCAAGCUGGCUGCAAGGAACAAGAUCCGAUCGCGCUUUCACAGCAGCAGCGACCUCAUCCACCGCCUCUUUGUUUGUAUAUCAGGUGUUGCCGAUCAGCUGCAGACCAACUAUGCUAGUGACCUUCGCAGCAUCCUCAAGACUCUGUUUGAAGUCAUGGCAACUAAGUGUGAGGAGGGAGGCAACGAUAACCAAAAGAAAGGCCCUGUUCUGCGUAGUGCUGUGCUGGAAGACUGUGCCCUCUGUCAGGAGACCAUUUCCUCAUCUGAAUUGGCAGCCAAGGCCCGGGACGGACAAUUUGAAGAUCCUCCAGACUGGGUCCCAGAUGAAGCCUGCAACUCUUGCAUUGCCUGCAAGGCUCCCUUCACAGUCAUCCGCAGGAAGCACCACUGUAGAAGCUGUGGAAAGAUCUUCUGCUCCCGCUGCUCCUCCCAUUCUGCCCCUUUGCCUCGGUAUGGCCAGGUGAAGCCCGUCAGGGUUUGCACACACUGCUACAUGUUUCACGUCACACCCUUCUACAGCGACAAGGCCGGCAUCUAACUCCAUGUCGUCACCCAAAGUACACAGCCCGCCACAACAAACGUAUGCAACGGACAGACCCAGGGCUGUGGACAAAGCAAGCGCCUCCCUGCUCUGGUAUACCGAAUGGCCGCCACCGUACCUGCUGAGCAGGGCUGAGCGUGAGGCCGUUACAGACGAGACACGCACACACACACACACACACAAGUGAAAAUUCAACGUGCUUUUAUUGCUUCGGAGAGGCUGGCAAACAAACAGUUUGAUUUCAGUGCCCAGCUAACGCACAAUUGCCUGCCUGAUCCUAGAGGUGUAAAGGGGAGAGAGGGGAUAAGCGGGUAAGGACACAUUUAGAACUGGCAUUGUGCAAGAAGCUUCUCUAGCAGUUUGCAGCACAAAUUUGGAACAGGUCACAUUGUUUGAUUUUUCUCGAGGUGUAAAUUAAAGGACUUGUGAAAUAUUUUCCUAUGCUUUUGCGAGCUUCCUACAUCUGUGCCAGGACUCUCACAGGCUUUGGAUUACUCAAAAGAAUGUAAUUCAUGAUACCCAUGUAAAUAGGAUUAAUCUGAUAAUAGCUAAACUAUGAUGUCUUCAUAGAACAUUUGCUAUUUAUAUGGGGGAGAAACCACCGGUCCUUUUAAAGUAAAAAUGAAAAACAGACAGCUUUUAUAUUUAGAUGAUUUAAUGCUUUUAAUGGCAAUGAAUGUAUAAUUCACUUGAAAAUGUGUUUGUUACAAAAAGGUUAAACGUUGAGCUCUUUAUGGCUUUGCCCACUGCUUUUACAGUCGCACUGCGGCAUGUCAUGUUUGCUCUGAGGGCUCUGCUGCACACGGAGACGGUUCAAAGGGAUUCCCGAAUGAUCACGGUCGGGUCCUGAAGGCCCUCCCGAGUGGAGAGUUGACCUCGCCUCGCUCAGUGCCCUCAUCACAAUGUUGUUGUUGUUUUUUGUUCUGAACCAGAGGCCUUCUAAGGACUACAGGCCGAUUGUUGCCCAUGGAUUCCACUUCCUACUCGCGAUACCGUGCAAUAUUACAAUGGUCCUGCACAUUUUAGAGACGAGACUUGGCUAUUACAUUUUAGUUAAAGGCCAAUUCUGAGCCCAUAAAUUGUGCAGAUUUGCCGUUACACUAAAUUAUUUCCGGCGUUGGUUCAGGAUCGGAUAUUUUGUUUUCAGAUUACAUCGUUUGCACCUGCCUUCCUUUCUGCUUUUGAACCAGCUUCCAUUGAUGACCACAUACAAAGUAUCUUCCAUGCUCAUGAUAUCACGCAGUUUGUGUGUCUGAAAGGGUCAGAAGUAGCCAGUCAAAUACGGACUUUUGGGAAAGCUCAAACUCUCUUAUCACAUGUCCAUUCUGGUCUCACCUAAGCGGUUUCUCAGGCAUUGCAAAUAGAAACCAUCAUUGCUCUUUGAUCAAUUUAUUUUCAUCAUAAACUGACUUUGAAAAGAUAUGCUUAUUUUCUUUUUUUUUAUAAGGAACAAACAUGUUUGAAGCUAUAAUUACUAUAAUGUAUAAUACAUGGAAUCAUGCUGUAAUUAGUGGGUGGUAUAUCCAGUUAUUGUUUCAGAGUUUGGUCUUAUUUUGUAAAAAUGAGAGCUGUGUAAAAUCAAUAAAUUGUUAUAGUUUUAAAUGCGAUUGUAUAUUGAAAUAAAAUUUUCCUUUUUUAAAAUGUU